AUAGUGGCACGUUGUUGCAAACGCACAUAUUGUAAUAAGUGUUAUUGAUCUUACUUAUCAAUACGCGUCAUUCAACCUACAGUUAACUGAUUUAAUUGUUUGUUUAUCACUCGUCCCGUGAUGGCGGAACAGAUCACGAGAGAAGAUGCAUUGACACGGGAGGGCUUCAGACAUGCCUGUCACAUUAUGCUGUACGGAGACUCUAGUGCCAAACUCUUCGGGAAAAUCCCAAUCAAACAUAUAGUACUGAUUACUGUUAUUCAGAUGCAGAUGCGCUUUGAUGGCUUGCUUGGUUUCCCAGGGGGUUUGGUGAACCCGUCUAAGGAGACGCUGGAGGCGGGGCUUAGCAGAGAGCUUCACGAGGAGGUGGGCGUGGCUGUGCCUGUGGGCGUGGAAAAUCACGUCUCCUCCUGCCUUUCUCCAUCCUCCCCUCGGCUCAUCACACACUUCUACAUCAAGAAGAUGACAGAGUCAGAACUGAAAGAGCUUGAGAGAGCAGCUGUUACUACAGCCACAGACCAUGGUUUAGAGGUAUUGGGUAUGGUCCGAGUCCCUCUCUACUUCCUGAAGAAUGGAGGUGGUCUCCCCUAUUUCCUGUCCCACUCGUUCAUCAGCAACUCUCGGGCCCAGCUGCUCUCUGCCCUGCAACGCUGUAGGCUGCUGUCCCAGGGGGAUCUGGAGAAGGCUGUGAGACAGGCUGAGCAGAUGAGACACACACACAGCGAUGAUCCGCACUGACAUUAGUUUACACAGCGGUGCCUUUUCACCCCUGGGCCAUUACAGCUACAUCACAGUAGCCCAACCCCCCAAGUGCCAGUAGAAACUCCCUGUUGUUAUCACCCUACCAUCAGGUCCUGAUUCAGCCAUGUACAGCAUGUGCUCUCUGUAGAUAUCAAAGGUGCAGACCUGUUUAAUUAUAGAACCUUAACGGUUUAUCAUAAUUUCACUAACAAUUCAUGACCCCAGAUUCACUAAAUAGGAUUGUUAUUGUUUGAUAAAAUUCUUUUUGCAUAGUCCCUGUUCUGCAAUAUUAGAGCAUUAAGCAAAUUAAUAUGACUCUGAGAUGUUGCAAUAAUUAUACCUCAACAAAUGUAAUACUGUAUGCAAAUGUAUUAUUUAUUAUUUAUGCAAGAGAGUUGAUUGCUAGCCAUAAUGUUUGAUGAAGUUAUAUCAGAUCUGUUUAUGAGAGUUAAAUAUUUGCAAGAGAAAUGUGCAUGCUAGUUGGACUAAUAAACAGCAGACGACAUGUAA